GCACAUCCGGCAUUGAUUCACACCAAGAUAGCAGAACAUCAUCAAAAAGGCCAUUGUCCCUUCUCAAGACACCUUCUACAAGACAGACGCAGGCAGACAUCGCUACGAUUCAUGCACGAGCUUGCACCUCUCUCUGUUGACCGAAUGUAGCAACGCCCGGAUCCCUCUCUCUGCUUGCGAUACGACGUAUAAUGGCGGUCCUCUCUCCCAUUUACCUCGGAGUGGCAGCCCUGCUUCUCACGGUCGUGCACGUUGCGCGCCGCCUCAGCUCACCAAUACGCAGGGUGCCGGGACCGACGGUCUCCCUCUUCACGUCUCUGGUCCUCAAGUGGAAGGAACUGAACGCUGCCAGGACGAUGUACGUCCAUGAACUUCACCAAAAGUACGGCCCUGUCGUCCGCUUGUCGCCCAACGAGGUGUCCUUUACGUCCUGGCCUGCCCUCAAGGAAAUUUAUUGCUCAGGCGGGAGCGGCUACGACAAGUCCGACUUCUACAACCUUUUUCGAAUAUACGGGCGGAGAACUAUGUUCACGACACUGAACAAGGCAGAUCAUGCAAAGCGCAAGAGGAUUCUUGCGGACCGAUAUGCCAACACCAACGUCAUGCGCAGUUUGCCCAUGCAAGGGAUCCAGCGGCGCUCCCGGGCGUUUGUGCGGCGUUGCGCGUCUACGUCUGGGAAGAUGACGUCGGAGAUAUUUGUAGCCCUGCACGCAUAUGCAUGCGAUUGCAUCACGCACCAUUUGUUUCAUCCGAAUGGCUCGGACUGCAUCGGAAAGAAGGAGGAUGAAGCCAUGAUGCACCAAGUCGCUGCUGACGACAGCCUGCAGAAUCGCCUCAUCUCGCACUACGCACCGACCCUGCAUCGGCUCUUCGCAGGGGUACUCUCUCUCUUCGUCAAACCGAGAGAGGUGCCUCUGGCCGACAACUACGUUCUAGAGACGAGCAAGCGCACAGAUGCCGCCAGCUUCACGCUCAUGAGCCGCUUGGAGGAGAAGUCGGUCGAACUUGAUGCCAUUGACAUGGCAGCCGAGUGUCUGGACCACAUGGUCGCUGGGAUUGACACGACGGGGGACAGCCUCUGCUUCCUCAUGUGGGAGUUGUCGCAGCCUCGGUCGCUUCAAUACCAGCGGCGCCUGACGGAGGAGCUGCGAAGCAAGCCCGAGGCGAGCAUCGACCAACUGCCGUUCCUCGAUGCUGUUCUGAACGAGGCACUGCGAUGCUUCCCCGCGAUCCCCAUGUCACUACCGCGUCUCGUGCCGCCGGGCGGGCGGACAGUGGACGGCGUGUGGUUGCCCGAGGACACUAUAGUGAGCUGCCAGGCCUACUCGGUGCACCGCAUCAACGAGGAUGUAUUUCCGCAGCCAGACAAGUUCGAUCCGGACCGGUGGCUGGCACCCGAACGCGACCCAGACCGACGCCGGCUGCUGUUUGCCUUCUCCAACGGGGGGCGGGGAUGCAUCGGUAAACACCUUGCCCUGGCCGAGAUGAAGACGCUGCUUCGAGACGUUUACUCGCAGUUCAGCACGACGCCUGACGCGUCCAUGACGCAGGACGCCAUGGCCAUGUCAGACCAACUUAUAUCGACGCGGCCCCUGGCGCAGCGGUGCCUGCUCCAGUUUCACCCGCUGGUGGACGCCGUUGUCCCGACGGAGAAAGUGUAAUCAAAGAGGCGUUGUGCACUUUGGGAUGGGCCUU